CACGACUCCACUGCUUGAACCCAACCGCGAAGGGCCGUGCGAAGACGCGUCAAGCCGUUUGCCCCGGCCCCUGCGCACUGUUUGUGAUGGCGACCUCGUGUAAGUGUACUGCAUACCAUGCUGCUGCCGGCGGCAGCGGUACCACCCAGGCAUGCCAGUCAACUGAUGCAUUGGACAACUCGGAUCCUCGAUCCACCCAUGCCACCCAGCGCGGAAUGCGGCAGUGGCUAUCUGGACCAAUCUCGGCUUCCGUCGGUAGCCUCCCAAACCUGCAUCAGAGUUGCAGGAGCGAGAUCUGUUCCGAGACCAAGUGAUGUGCGUGGCGUGCGUGGCGCUCCGCACGACCCCUUCGUUGACGUCGCCUGCUCGCUUGGCCUCUGCCCACUCGCCCACACCGCCCACCAGAGCUCGCCACAGCUCUCCAUCCCACGCCCUUUCUCCUCACGGCCCCCGUGCCGCCCGCCGCAGACUACCACCGCCCGCCGUGCGCCGUGCGCCAUUUCGCCAUUUCCCCCAUGGGCAAGAGGCAUGCAGGAGCAAAACACGAGGCAGAGAAGCGGCACGCCGUGGCUGCAUGCUGGCUGCAUAGCUCUCAAAGUGUCAUCUCAAAGAAGCACAGCGUACAUACGGUGGGAGCAUGGACCCAGAGAUCGCCCCCCAACGCCCCUCCUCCCCUCCCCAUCGUUUCGCUGCAUCGUCAACACAACAAUCCCCACUACAAACUCCAGAAUCAUCUUGCAUCUCACGCAUCUCGCACGACGCCGACGACCACGACCACGACGACUAGUCUAGGAGAUCGAGAACUGACUCAACACAUCGACACACUACACUCCCUCCAUCCAUUCCCUCCUUACCUCUUUCUUCCCCGACGGCCGCCCCUUCUGAACUCGCAUCCCCUCCCCCGAGGUCGAUGGCCGAAGCCGCCGUCCAGCAUCACUCGAUAUCUUCCACUCGCACUCUGAU